GAUACCUGUUGCGCGCUUCAGCUGUUUUCAUUCUGGUUUCUGUUGAUUUCGCGAACAGUUUGCCUUAGUUUUAAUCCGUUUUUAUAAUUUUAAAUAAAUUUAAGUUAAAAAUGCUCUGUCGACUUGUGGGAAAAAGUAAUCUGGGAGCCCAAUAUUCGGCCUCCAUUAAGGCUAUAGCGUGCUACUCUACGUCGGGAAAACAGCGAAACGGCAAGAUCUAUGAGUCGGCCAUAGAUGCAGUAUCCGAUGUCAAGGAUGGCGCCAAGAUCCUCUUCGGAGGUUUCGGCAUCUGCGGAAUUCCGGAGAAGAUGAUCAACGCUCUAAAGCAAAAGGGAGUCAAGAAUAUCACUGGCGUUUCCAAUAAUGGAGGUGUGGACGACACCGGUCUGGGUGUCCUUAUCAAGCAGAAACAGGUGGCCAAGGUAAUUGGCUCAUAUGUGGGUGAAAAUACCGAGCUGGUCCGUCAAUAUCUAGAGGGAGAAUUGGCCGUGGAGUUAACACCUCAAGGAACCCUAGCAGAGAAAAUCCGCGCUGGAGGAGCUGGUAUUCCUGCCUUCUACACGCCCACCGGUUACGCCACUCUCGUUCAGGAAGGUGGAGCACCUAUUAAGUACUCCAAAGAUGGCAAAGUAGAGAUUUCCAGCGAGAAGAAACCAGUGAAGGAAUUCAAUGGAAAGAACUAUGUGAUGGAGGAGUCGAUCUUCGCCGACUUUGCCUUCGUCAAGGCCCAAAAGGCCGAUCCCUUGGGCAAUCUGGUGUUCAAUAAGGCGGCUAGGAACUUCAACGCUCCCAUGUGCAGGGCUGCAAAGAUUACGGUAGCAGAGGUUGAGGAAAUAGUGCCUAUCGGAGCCCUUUCUCCCGAUGAGAUCCAUGUGCCUGGCAUCUAUAUAAACCGCAUCUUUAAGGGUACGAACUACAACAAGCGAGUUGAGCGCUUGAGAAUCACUGAGCCUAAGGAUCCCAGCAAACCCAUUCCUCCACCUAAUCCAGCCCAGGCCUUGCGUGAGCGCAUUGCUCGUCGAGUGGCUCUGGAGUUCCGCGAUGGCAUGUACGCCAAUCUGGGCAUUGGUAUUCCUGUCCUUUCCUCCAACUACAUCCCCCAGGGCAUGAGCGUGAUGCUGCAGUCGGAAAACGGAAUCCUGGGUCUGGGUCCAUUCCCAACAAAGGAUAAAGUGGAUCCGGAUCUGAUUAAUGCCGGAAAGGAGAGUGUUACUGUGGUUCCCGGUGCCUCAUAUUUUGGCUCUGAUGAUAGUUUUGCCAUGAUUCGUGGUGGCCAUGUGGAUAUCACUAUUCUUGGCGCCAUGGAGGUGUCGGCAACUGGCGAUCUGGCUAACUGGAUGAUACCUGGAAAACUGGUCAAGGGCAUGGGUGGAGCCAUGGAUUUGGUUGCUGCGCCCGGCACUAAGGUGAUCAUCACAAUGGAGCACAAUGCCCGUGAUGGUUCCCCCAAGAUCUUGGAAACCUGCUCCCUGCCACUGACGGGCAAGGGUGUGAUCGACCUGAUCAUCUCCGAAAAGGCUGUAUUCGAAGUUGAAAAGGGAGUGGGGCUUACUCUGAUCGAGGUAGCGGAGGGCUACACCGUGGACGACAUCAUCGCCAGCACUGGAGCCAAGUUCACAGUGUCUCCCAAUGUCAAGGCGAUGGGCCAGAUUCCGGUUUGAUGAGCUUCAUUUGGACUGCCCAGAGAAGCUGCAAUACCUCAACUUGAGUGAUAAACGAGUGCAUUUAUUUUUUGUUGAUCGUGUGACAAAAACAUUUCUGUUGUUAAAAAUAUAUAGACCAUGUCGAAGCUA